UUUCCAACCGCUAAUAAAAAUCAAGUAGAAGACGAAAAAGAAGUGGUUACAAAAUUAGCUGCAAGGAUUUAGUAUGUGUGCGAAUGUUUUGUGAUUUGAAGAUAUAAAAAAAAUAGAUUUCUGAAUUACAUCUCCGUCCAAUUGAUGGCGGUAAUGCACAGCGGUUGCAAACUGUCAGAAAAUGCCACAGAAGAAGAAGAAGAAGAAGAAGAAGAAGAAGAAGAAGAAGAAGAAGAAGAAGAAGAAUUGGCGGGGAAGUUUUGUGUUGCUAAGGCCGAACAAGUUGGUGACAAAUUUGAUGAUGGCGACAACGUCAGUCGAGGAAAAGCUUACUCCAUCUUGAAUGAGAAUGCUGAGGAUUUUCCAUAUAGCCGUCGGGAUUAUUUACCACUACAUCCUGCAAUCUGAAGCGCCGCAGCUACUGUGCCCCAGGAACGCCUGCAGCCAUGCAGCAAUCAAAGUGAGACGUCAUUUUCUACCACCUGCACCCAUGGGAGCAUUGGAAUGGACAGCGAAGAAUAGCAGAGGGGAAGAGAGAGGGAGAUAGGACUCUUAGGGAAGGGGAUGCAGACAGUUGGACACAUAGGAAAAGGAGAAAAGAGAAUUUGAAACUGUCGGGCUGGGAAAUGACCAGAAAACACUGGAGGAAUGAGUAAAAGAAGGACCAGCACCAAAUGCUUUUUGUCCUCAUGUACUGCUUUGAGACCCACAGAGAUGGAAACAAGAAUGAAAAAGCAACAGGAAGCAGAUAGAAACAUAGGGGAAUAAUGAUUAGAGGACGGGAAACAACUAAUAGUUAAACCCGAAGAUGAGAUAUUGAUGGUAUCAACUGAGCUAUUAUCACAGAUACAGUGGAAAAGAAAAAUUCAAUAAAAAGGAAUAUGAAAAAGAAAA